GGCAUUGCGUGAUGCGGAAUUCCGGCGAAUGGAAUCGGCCACUGUAUAUGUCAGCCUCCGGAUUACCAACCCUGCUCGCCACAGACGCUGAUUGGAGAAAUGCCAGGAUUCAGACACCUGUUAUGUAUGAGAUGUAAGCUGAAUGCGGUAAUCAUUCCAGAUACCGUAUACUUCAUACUCGUACUUCGAUGAUUAUGUGAUCAUCUAGAUGUUGUGCUCCGGGGAUUGCUCGGCGAUUGAUUGUUAAUCCUCCAAGCCGGUGGCGUCAUUGCCGCCCGCUGCCCGCUGUCUGUCUUUAUAUACCACCACAUCAAUCACAUCAACACAACAACCUCAUCCAUCCUUCAGCACACCCUCAAUCUAAACGUACUCGCUGCAAGCACACUCAGUCGAACCAACUGCACAAUCAAAGUCAUUGACAAUGACGGCACAAGGCGACGUCACGGCGGAGAUCAACUUCUACCGCGCGCCAGCCGACGGCUCCGCGCCCUUCGCCUACGUGGAGCAGCCUCCUGCCGGCCAGCCGCAACAGAACUUCUCGCAGACCACGCAGCAGGUCCCUCUCCGCGACAUCCGCGGCCACGAGGACGAAUACUCCCUCGCCAAGGACGCCUUUCAAGUCUUCCGGGGCGUCCCGUCGGCAAUGACCUACGCGCAAUUCGACUCCGACGAGGCCAUCCGCGAGAUCUACUACCCGGAAACCGAGCGGUUCCUGCUCGAGCACGUCCCCGGGGCCCAGCGGGUGGUCAUCUUCGACCACACGGUGCGCAAGCAUGACCCGAGCGCCUCGCGGCAGCCCGUGACGUACGCGCACGUGGAUCAGACGGCAGCCGCGGCGGAGGCGCGGGUGCGGCGGAGCAUCGCGGACCCGGCGGAGGCGGAGAAGCUGGCGCAGGGCCGCUUCCGCAUCAUCAACGUCUGGCGGCCGAUCAACGGGCGGGUCGAGUCGCUGCCGCUCGCCUUUGCCAGCGGCAGCUCCACCGACCCCGCGGAUCUCAUCCCCGUCCAGCGCCGCUACCCCACCUUCACCGGCGAGACCAUGAGCGUCCAGUACCGGCCCUCCCAGAAGUGGCUGUACUGGUCGCACGUCGACGACGACGAGCGCAUCCUGCUGCAGUGCUCUGAUAAUCAGCCGGGCGCCGUGGCGCGCGUGCCCCAUGCCGCGUUCGUGCAUCCCCGCUCUCCUGCGGAUGCGAAACCCAGGGAGAGUAUUGAGGUGCGCGCGCUGGUGUUUGAUUAGUGGUUUUUAUUGAGGGAUCACUUCUGGACUUGUUUCUUUGUUGUUGUACACCUACAUAGCGUGGUGUUACCAUUUAUGUAUCAUGACUACUAGAUCAAUGACCGAAAAUGCAUGAGUUUGAUCAAAGACAA